UCUAGUGUCCCUAGAAAUAUGCCACAUUACAUCUGGAGACAGUUAAUGUCAAGAUCCUCAGAGAUUAAUUUGGAUAGAGAUAGCAGAAAUACAAUUGUUUUCGUUCUGUCAUAAUGAUAGAAACUCAAGAAAAGCGGGCAUAAUUGAGGUAGGCUAACUUGAAGGUAACUUUUGCAGAUUUUCGGCAAAUGCUCUUUAUCUGUGAGAUAGGUCCUCAUUAGCAUAUAUUGUCUACGCAGUCUCGCACCUAGGUGUCGAUAGAAACCAUCCGGGAUGCCAAUCAAUCAGCGACAAUGAUCAAUCACACAUUGGCACGCAGGGACUUAAAUUCACAAGCAGACAUAGAAAGAAAAGCUAAACACACGCUGUAGGUUAGGCUAGUUUGUUUGUAGCAAAGCCUAGGUCAAACGUGAAGAAUGGAGACUUUGGUUAUUUUAGCCCUAGCUAUUUUAUCCAUUAGUGCGUCUGCUUUAGGAAAUGGAGAAGAUUUGAAGACUCAGGAGCGCUUGUUUUUAAAUUCGUUGGGCCUCUCCGCUCGGCCAAAGCCGUCAACACACCGCCGCGUUCCCUCCGUGUUGUGGAGGAUGUUCAAACGUACCAGCACCCGGGAGAACGACACCCACGAAAGAGACCCGUGCAUGGUGUCUGAGUAUGGAGUUCGCGGAAACAUUGUUCGAUUUGUGCAGGACCAAGGUAGGCUGGUGUCAGGCUGGAGCGGCAGCUGCCACGGCUGUGUGGAGAAAUACAUGUUCUUCAACAUGUCUGUGCUGCAGCCCGUGGAGCAGCUCUCUCUGGCGCAGCUGGAAAUCAAGUUCCAGUGGGACAUGUUCCGCACACCAAGGUUCCUCCUGGGCCCACAGGCGCUCAGCGUGUCCCUGUACAAGGUGUUGCGUGCGACCCUGAGGGGAGCGAGCCACGAGGCCCACCGCAGGCUGGUGCUGUCCCAGUCGGUGCAGCUGGAACCAGAGGCCGGAUCCCUGACCUUGGACCUCACAGCACUGGCACAGAACUGGCGUAAACCGGGUCAUAACUACGGCCUGGUGCUGGAGCUGCAGUUACACCCUGUCCACACCCAGGCGACGGACAUCUUCAUGUCCCAGAACCUGGUUAACGCCAUCCCGUUAGGACCGACCGUAACCCUCCCAGAGUUCCAUGCCUCCUUGGUGGUUGUAUCCCUGAAUCCACUCCAGUGCCGCUCUCGGCAGAGGAGGAGCGCCGUCUACCUGCCGGUUACACCCAGCAACGUGUGUAAGCCGCGCCGCCUCUACAUUGAAUUCAAGGAUGUGGGCUGGCAGGACUGGAUCAUUGCUCCGCAGGGCUACCUUGCCAACUACUGCCACGGAGAGUGCCCGUUCCCACUGAGCGAGAGCCUGAACGGCACUAACCAUGCCAUCCUGCAGACUCUGGUGCACUCCCUGGACCCCCACGGCACACCCCAGCCCUGCUGCGUACCCAUCCGCCUGUCACCUGUAUCCAUGCUCUACUACGACAACAACGACAACGUAGUCCUACGUCAUUACCAGGACAUGGUGGUGGAUGAGUGUGGCUGCAGAUGAAAUGCAUUCGGUGUGAUGGCUGGUUGGUGGUGUGGGUUGUAGAGAAGUUUGAAUUGUUGUUUUUAACAUUUUUACCCGUAAUAAAACGCUUAUUCAUUGAUUCUA